CGGGAUCCACAGUCUGAGUAUAAAAAGCUGCAGCUCAGUUUCACCUCAGAUCUAAAACUCCACGACCUGAAGCUCCUACUCACAAAGUUUCGUGUCAAUCAACAAUCAACGACAACAACAACGACAACAAUAACAACAACACAACAACAUGCUGCGACGGGGUGUUGUGUUGCUGGUUGUUGCCUUGGCUGCCGUUUCUCUCUCAGCUCCUGUUCAAAAGAGAAAUCUUCGGGAGCUGUUGACUCACCUGAACGAGGCUGCUGCAAAUGAAGAGCAAUUUGAAGAUGGUUCAGGGGAAAACAUCGACAACAGCAGCCCUGAAGAUGGUUCAGGGGAAAACAUCGACAACAGCAGCCCUGAAGAUAAACACGUCAGCGAGCGUAGAGAUGAGCCCACUGACACUGUUGCUUCACAGACCUCAGAAGCAGACGACAGCAGUCCUGAAGUUUUAUACAAGAGCAAUGACAACUCUGAUGAAGACGGCAACGGCGAGCCCGGUGAAGACGGCAACGGCGAGCCCGGUGAAGACGGCAACGGCGAGCCCGGUGAAGACGGCGAAGGCGAGCCCGAUGAAGACGGCGACGGCGAGCCCGGUGAAGACGGCGACGGCGAGCCCGGUGAAGACGGCGAAGGCGAGCCCGAUGAAGACGGCGAAGGCGAGCCCGGUGAAGACGGCAACGGUGACCCUGAUGAAGACGGCGAUGACGAGUUGGAGGACAGCAUCACUGACGAGUCCUGAUGAGACGGUGGUGCUUGACAAAGAAGCUUAGUUAGAGGAGGGUACAGAGGAGCAGGAGGGACAAGAGAUGCUGGAGGGGUUUGAGGUAGAUUGAGGUGAAAAAAAACCUGCUGUUUACCAGCAGAUAAAAAAAAAACCUGGAAGAAGAAACAGCGCAAAUGUUAUUUUUUGCUGAGUCAGGAUGGAAAAUAAAGAAGAACUUUAACUUAGACAGAACAAUAAAUAAACUGGAAUAUGAAAGAAAAAAUUAAGAUAUCGAUUUCACAGGUCAAGGUGAAGAAAAGCACCAAAUGAACUCAACAUGAAUGAAAAAGUUCAUUUUUAGGUUGAUGUAAAGAAUUCAGCUGAACAAAUUAAACAUCAGAUGAAGAAAAAAAUUAAUUAAGAGUUGAACAUAUAAAUUAGGAAUUUAAAAUUCAAAAUGUAGAAUGAUUAAUGAGACUUUUCUUAUUUUUUGAAAAUAAUGUUUUUAAAAAUGUUACAUAUGUUUUUGCGAACAUAUUUUUCUAAACUGGGAAAAUUUUAUUGUUGUUUCAGUGAAAAUUUCCUGAUGUGAUUCUUACAAACACGCUGAUAGAAACUAAAGUUUGGAACCUGAUGAAUGAAACAAAAAUCUGCUUUUGUAUCUCUGGUGUGCAUCAGAGUAAAAUCCUUGAACCCGUGAGGAUGACCUACUUCAUUUAAUUAAAUCCAUUUACUGUCAGACACAA